AUGGAAACUGACGAAGCUCCUAAACAAAAGAAAGCACCCUACAAAUCAAAAAGAUACUUCCUAAGUUCAUUGAAUACUUACUUUGGUUAUCAAUUAAUUUAAUAACUUCGCAAUGACAUUGAGCAUCCUGAAGAUCCAAAUCUUAUUGUAGGCACCACAAUCUUAUAAAGCUAAUACCCAUUGCAUCCAGCAGUUAGAAAAGUUAUCGAUCCAUCCAAAAUGUCAUUCUUAUAAAAAGUCAUCUUAGAUAGUGAUGUGAUAGUCUAUGACCUUAACACAUGUGAUCAUAGCGAAUGCGAAUAUGCCAUCAAAACCUUGAAAUUAGGCACUUAUGACUAAGAAAAAAUAUUGAUUCUCGUUUCAUCAGUCAUGGCUUGGUCAGCAACCGAUCCCAAAGAAAAGAAGGCUGGAGAAGAAGAAGACGAUGCGGGCUACCCUCCAGAAUCAGGAGAAGAAGAAGGCAAGCCAUAAGAUGAUGGUGAAGAUGCACCUCCUAAGAAGGAAUAUACACGUUUUAAUGAAAGUGAUUAUCCUAAGAGGAAAGCUUUACCUGAAUUUGAGAGCUUAUGUUCUCUCGAAAGUCUUUGCUUGAGUAUUAAUAGACCAAAUCUCAGGACAUUUAUACUUUGCGCAGGUAUUUUGUACGGAAUGGGAGAAGAUCACUUUUACACCAAAUUCAAAGGGGCUUGGUUAUAGAAUACAAUAACAUUUUAUAAUAAAAAUAAAGUGCCCUGCAUUCACGUUAAAGAUUUGGCUUUAUUUGUGUAAAAGUUGGUUGAGAAACCAGUCAAUUAAAAAUAUAUUUUUGCUAUUGAUCACAAUCAAAAUCCCUCUCAUAAGGCCAUAAUAGAUUCAAUAUCUAAAGGAGUGGGAAAUCAGAAAAUUCAGCAAUCUGAUGUGGCAAUUCCUGAGUUCAAAAUUGAUCUUAGGAUGAAGCCUACCAAAGUUUUCGAUGCAUUCCUUGAGGAACAAGGAGAUCAAGGGGAUGAAGAACAGGCAGUUGAUAAAUUUACAUUUAAUUGGUGGUGUAAAGAAGGUAUAAGAGCUAAUAUCGCAAAGAUAAGAUAAGAAUUUGUUGAUUAUCAUAACUUAAAACCAAUUAGAAUUGCCAUUACAGGUCCACCUGGAAUUGGGAAAAGCACCAUUGCUAAUCAAAUAUCCACCUAUUUUAGUAUUCCACACAUCACAAUCAAAGAAUUGAUAUAGGAAUACUUGAAUUAAACAAGUGAGGAAGUGGAACAAUUGAAGACAAACUUGGAAGAGAAUAGAGCUCAGCUUAUUGAAGAAGCCAGAGCUUAAUAUGAUAUUUAAAGAGAGAAGAGAAAACAAUUGAAAUAACCUUACAUCCCAUUUGAUGACAGUAAAAUAGAAGCAAGAUUGACAGAUGAAUAAUUGAUUACUAUUUAUAAAUGGCGAUUGAUGUAGAAUGAUUGCUAGAAUAGAGGGUUUAUAUUGGAUAAUUACCCAAAAACACAUGCAUAAGCCAAAUAAUUAUUCUAUAAUAAUGAAGGAGAGGGAGAGGAGUAAAAAUCUACUCUUAAUAAAUUAAUAUUGCCUGAACACUUUAUUGUGCUAGCUGGUAGUGAUGAAUAAAUAAUCGACAGGAUUAAGUUCUCAAAAACUCAUAAAUACGAGGAAGAGACACUACUCAAAAGAUUGAAGAAUUACAAGGUACUCAAUACUAAAAAGGGAUACACCAUUUUAUUUGACUUCUAUAAGGAAUUGAAGGUAGACAUUUGUGAGAUCUCUGUGUUCAAUAAGCAGACUAAUAUUCAAGAUACAUGCAGAAGUUUUAUUGAGAGGAAUGGGAAGUACCAGAAUUAUAAGCAAAUCGAGCAGGAUUUGGAAGAGAGUAGGUUGAAUGAGAAAAAAGAGUAGUUAUUGAAGUAGUCAGAGCAAAACUAAAAGUUGAAGGAGUUGAGGGACAAGAAGGAAGAUGAGUUGUGGAAGAUUCAAGAGGAGGAGUACAGGAUUAAGUAGGAACAUAGUGUUAAUUAUGAGAAGGAAUUACUUGAUUCAAGGUCUUUGCCAUUGAGAUAAUAUUUGAGUGAUAAUGUAGUACCAUUUAUUACAGAAGGGUUGGUGGAGAUUGUUAAACAGAAUCCAGAAAAUGUGAUUGACUUUUUAUCCGAAUUCUUGUUUAAGAGAUCAUUGUAAGUCAGAUUCCCAGAUCCCAAAUUGUAUUUUGAGAAUUCUGAGUGA